AUGGCGAACACCACUUUGGGAGCUCAAAAUCUGACCAACGUCGAAAGAAAUCACUCCACAGAGCUGACGGGAUUAUCAAAAACUGAAAUCUUUAGCAAAUGCACACAUUUUGUCAUCCUAGUCACGGGUGUGAUUGGAAACGGGCUUGUCAUCUUUGUAACCGGCUACAAAAUGAAGUCCACAGUCAAAUUCAUUUGGUUUCUCAACUUGUCGAUUGCAGAUUUCAUUUUUGUUUUGGUCUUGGUGCCCCGCAUUGUUUUAGCAUUUCAUAAUAUGGUUUGGUCUUUUGGCGAAUUCUUUUGUAAAUUCACAUCCUUAAUGUCAUUGCAAAAUAUGUUUGCCAGCGUUUUCUUUCUGACAGUCAUCAGUCUGGAUCGAUGUCUGUGCACAUGGUGUGUGGUGUGGGCUCAGAAUAAACGGACUCUAGUCAAAGCCAGAAUCAUCUGUGUGUUUGUGUGGCUUUUGUCCAUCUGCUGCAGCAUCCCUUUCGUCAUCAAACGCUCUGUAAUGAAACACUAUGGAGUGGAAUACUGCUCAUAUUCAAGCCCCAUCAAUGUCAUUAUGUCUCUGUUCAUUUACAGGUUUAUGGUGGGCUUUGUAGUUCCCUUCUUUAUCAUUGCAUCUUCAUACAUGGCUAUUGGUGUGCGGGUCAAACGCCUCAAAAGAGGAAAGCAGCUUCGGCCGUUUCGUGUCAUUAUACCUGUGAUUUUGGCCUUUUUCAUAUGCUGGCUUCCUUUUCAUGUUCAACAGUUGUGUCACAUUAUUGCACUUAAGAAUCAUUGGAGGGACAGUGUUCUAGAAGGAGUUGAGGCUGCUGGACCUUUCGUAAACUGUCUGGCUUAUCUGAACAGCUCUUUGAACCCCAUUCUCUAUGCAUUCAGGCGUGAAGACUAUAAGAAACUUAAAACAAAUCUGCUGCUGGUGCUGGAAGCGGCUUUCACUGAGGAGAAUCUCUGA